AGACGAGUUGUCGUUAGUCCCUGUUUCUCACUUGUACUGCUCCCCCCCAAAUAAACACAGUGUGGAUCACAUCAACAAGGCCUAAUCAGCAUCGUUUGCAAAUGCAAUGUGGAGGCGGCGAGCUCAAGCGGCCUCCGCCUCCUCUGACGAGCAGUAAAAAAGUAAGUACUUACGUAAGUUGUACCCAUUUCUGAAGAUGAACUGUUUCUCAUUUCUUUUUUCUAAACACACACGACAAUCGCAUUGCUAUUCUAUCUUUGUCUUUCUAAGGUAAAGGUUGGUUGCAUUCGGUUGCGUAACAACUCUGAAACAAGUGGAGAGGAGUUGUUAUCUUCUAAGGCAGAUUGUUGGUGCAAGAUUCUUCAGGGAACUCCGUAGUACACCGGUAACGGAGAAGAACAAGACACGAAGGUGGCCAUCGAAAGAUGAAACUGGCGUAAGCAUAUGAUCAUGUUGUACAGCGAAGAACACGCAGCACUGGCAGCUUUAUUUCAGUCAUAGAGCAGGAGGAUGUUCGGGAGCCGGAAGAGAGAGGAGUCUUCUGGCGGUUCCGCUCGUGUGGAUCAAGGCGUUUUGUACAUGGACCAUGAAGCCUCCUACUUGCGUGGGUUUUUCAGAGAGUCGGAGACGUCCCGGAGUUUCCAGCCCUCCGCGGCCGAGGUGGUUGCGCAGAGCACGGGCUCCCUUGGGGGACAGCUGCAUUCCUACCUGCGGGACAAGGAUGGACGGCCGCUCGCGUACUACCUUGUGAACCUGGAGCCCGAUGGAGGGCGAUUGUUGGAGCUGGCGUCCGCGCCGGUGUUUAGCCAGUCGGUCUCGGCGACGAACACGAACACGAGGGCCGGUGCUUCGCGGACGAGUGAGCAUAGUUCUCCACCACCGGUGGUCCGGUCUGUGUCGCGUGAAUCGGGCCGAACUGUCUCGCGUGAAACGGAUGCGCACCAGCUAAAAACACGCGGCCGAACUGUUCUCUCAGGUGCGGAUGUCCAGCUGCAAGCGUCGUCCAAGGACCAAGCGGAGGCUGUCGCCCAGGCGCUAGAAAAGCAGCGUGCGGCCGAGGUGAUUCAAAUGCGGCUUGACGGGUAUCUGAGCCAGCCGGUGCCCCCGGAGAUCUUGCGCCCGAUGGGCAAUGGGAAGCACGAUGACCCGCGGAUGACUGUCGACCCCGAGGAGUACAGGCCGCAGCUCCUCUGGGCUGACGUACUUCUGCAUGGUCGUGGAGCCGUGGGUAUUGUGCGGAAAAAUCCCCCCUCCCAUCUUGAAGAGGCAUCCUUCUGAAAAUUUGUCAUGCAGAUUUGUGGUCACAAUCACAAAUCAUUGCAAGAGAUUCCGCCGCAUUAUGCACGCGGUUUGUGAAGAUGCUGUCAGAGGACCUAAAGGGCAGACGUUUGCCAUGCUAAGCGCCUAGCUCAAAACAUCCCUGCCCAGGCUAUGCAUCUGCCUGUAUUCCCUUACUGCAAGAACACACAGCUUAUUUGUGUACGGACAUCCUGCGUCAGAGAUUUCCACUUUGAUAUGUGGAAGGAGGAUUUUUCAUUUUGAUAGUGGGUGAAACGGUGCUGCAUCUGUGCUUUCUGCUCGGCACCCCGCCGCACCGAACGCUAGCGACCUACAUGGUGAGGCGAUUCGGGACAAUCUUGUGCCGGCAGGCGUGGGACCCCGUAUCCUGUGCAAAGAUGUCCCCGUCACACACGUGCCAUUUGACUUAAUGCGGUUCGUGAGUGGUUUUGCCUCUGGCUCCUCCUUCGCUUCAUUGUGCACAUGCUCUUAGCACGGUAUGGACUUGAUUUCGAAAAAUGAUUUUAUUUGUCUUGCCUCCUACCUUCCUCUUCGCUCUUGCCCUUUUUCAAAAUCACUUCCCGUUCCAUUCCACAGGCCGAAGUUCAUGAGCAAGAAAAUUGAUCUAAAAGCCGUUUUAGACAUAGAUUAGUUUUUGUUUUAGUUUACUUCUUAUGCAGAAUUGAUGUAUUUCUAUUAAGCAUCCAUAAGACCAAAGCAAAAUGCCUAGCUGUGCAUCCCCGUGUCAAGGGGAUCCGAGCCUGUGGAAUGAAUGAGUGUCCACAAUGAUAAAGAUGAUGCGGCUCGCAUUGCAUGAGCGACGGGUUCACUGGAGGGAAGUUUUUCUCUUACUCUAUCUAAUGAUCAGGAUGAAGGGACGAGUGGCCUUGUUCCACGAUACCUAGUCACGGCUAUGUUGCUGCUCGCCUGUUGUACGCUCCUGUUGUUAAAAUGCGUAACCGCAGGAACUCCCGCAUCCAGAACUAAAACUUCCCGAAUUGUUGUACAAAUGAAGCGUCGAAAUUCACAAUGUGGUCACAUGGUGGGGACAUUUUUGAAGAGGACAUUCCCUCAUCCACCAGCACGCGCAGCUCGGCGACAAGGAUCCCCGUUGGAAACUGCUUAAGAAGUUGAGCAAGAACAAAAAAAGCGAUCCCGGUCACCCCAUCUUGACGACGUCACUGAGUUUUUCUACGGACUGGGCGAAGAGCAGAACCAACUUGGAUGAAUCUAAUCGGCCGACAUGCACAACCAACCGUGAUGGGAGGAGUGAUCUUUUGCUUAGCACAUUCAAUGGAACCGAUCAAGAAGAAGCUACUGGCGCAGACUUUCCCGCCGGAUCGUCUCAUUAUAAUUCAUCGGGGGAGAACUUCUAUGAGCUUCGCGAGGACGGCGAUGGCAUUGAUGAAAAGGAGCAGUCCACCUCCGGGAGUGUGGCAGCUGAGAAACAACUAGCCGGGACGAGCGCAAUGUUGAGUGGAGAUGAUCAAGCGAACAAACAAGCCAAGACAAAUCUGAACAGAGUUGUCAACAAAACGCGCGGCGGCACGUCUCUCUUGGAGCAGCACGACAUCGAAAUUAGCGUGGGAGCACCACGGCGACCGGAGGGCUCGACGAUCGCCUCCGUGGCUAUUGAGGAGGGGAGUAGUAGAACCGAACCCCUAAAAGUAGGGCCACUACCUGAAGAGACAUCUCGUUCAGGCGGCGCUAAUCCCGUGAGCAUCAACAGGAACAACGACGAGGAGGACCACCUGACGUCCUCCGCUGCUGCUCAACGCGUCUCCGCAACUAGAGUCAAAGUGUUUGACGGAAGUGAGGAAGUCAACCACACGUUGUUUGAUUUAGAUACAUAUUGUCUGCGCAGUGGCGCUAUGAGUCUGCCCGUUGACGCCGUCAGCCGGAACACUCACCCGCUUUCUUAUUCCGAGCUGACCGGCGCCCAGGGGCCCGACGCGCUUUUGGAAAGGCUGGACGGCGAGGAGGGAGCGGGUGCGACGAAGGCGACCCUUGUGAAAUACGUGGACGCCACGUACACUGGAGACAGCUACCGCGGCGAGGCCUGCAUCCACAUCGCGAUCACCAACGGGGAUCUGGCGCAAGUGAAGCUGCUUGUCGAAGACGGCAUGUGCGAUACGCGUUGGGUGAUGACCACCGGGUCCUUCUUUCGCGGGAAGCUGUAUUACGGCGGGCGCCCGCUCAACUUCGCCGCGGCGCACGGCAACGUAGAGAUCUUUGAUUUUCUCCUCGAGAAGUAUACUCAGACCGCUGCGGCGGCCUACGACGAGGCCCACCAGGUUGAAGAAGAUACGCGCGAGGAUGUUGUAAAGGCGACGGACUUGGUGUUGAACGCGGACCGCCGCGGUCGCGGCGCGAACCUCCGUAGCGACGAGCCCGAUCCCUACAAAAACGACCGCCACACGGCGGCGCGUGAAACAAAGGGGACGGAGAGUACUAGCGGCCCUCGAGUAAUAAAAGCAGGGGAAGGUGGAACAGCGUGGAGCCAACCUCUCGCCUCUCCAAGGGGAACAAGAUCAACAGCAUCAACAUCGCGGCUUGUCAUGCGGCCCUCGCCGUUCGCAGGGCAAAGGAGUGCUGCGACAGGCUACGUGGGGUCAUGCUCCGGCCCCUCGCUCUUUCAUCUGCGCGUCGGGGACAGGAGGAAGCUCCGAGAGGUUGAGCAGCAGCGGAAGGCGUUUAUGCAACAGGGCGACCAGUACGGGAACACAGUACUUCACUUGAUGGUUUUGCACGGUCAAUUGAACCUGCUACGCCACGUGCUGCGUACGUACCAACACGAAAUCGAGCUCUUCCAGCUGAAUCAUAUCGGAUUCGCGCCCCUCAACUUGGCUGCGGCCAUCUAUCAAAUGUAAAAAUGUCUGGGUCUGGUUGCAUUCUUCCAGUGGAAGAAUGCAACUUGUGAUGCUAACUUUGGACUCUAGAAAAAUCUGUAUUGCAUGACCAGCAAGAGGAGUCUAGUUUGUACUACGCGGGGAGGGCGUUUGUCAUGCGGAGUAGGCAUCAGGAAGCCAGCGCAAAAUCUGUGAUGCGCGCUCGUGCAUUACAGACAUCCUGGGUCAUGCAAAACAUGCAUGACAAAUCUCAGAAUCUUCCAGACCCAGAAAUUUUUACAGUUGAUACCAUCCAGAACCCGGCAAUCUUUGAUGUUCUGAUGGAACUCAGCGGAGAAACUUUGUGGGCGUACGGGCCCGUACGGUGCAUCCGCUACCCGCUUCUCAAGCUGGACUCCGUGCUCUCCCGGCAACUGCGGGCUGGGUACGCACAGGCCCCCCCGCAGACGCCGGACAAGAAGCCGCUCCUCAAAGAUGUUGUUGACCACCACAAAGGCGAAGUAGUAGAAGAGGAUGCUGGGGCUGCAGCUGCACCAGCUAGUACGCCAACUACAACAUCGCCCACCCAGCAACUCCAGGACGACGACAUGCAUGCAGCCGCGGGGCGCAGCCUCCGCUCAGUUCUGGAGAUUAUUGUAGACACGAAGUGCCACAGCCUAUUUACCCCCAUUGUGCGCCAGCUGAUCCAGGACAAGUGGCAGAUGUACGGUUCCAAGGUGUUCCUCCUGCACAUGACGCUCUUUUUCCUAAACCUGGUUCUCGUGGUGCUGGCGACGGAGUAUCACACAGAAAAAAGCUGGCAGGGAAAGAGAAAAGAAAUUAGUACACAAUAAAUAUUAAAUUUAUUCUCUUGCAUGUCUCAACAAACGGGAACAGCGUGAAUGCUUCUAUGGGCUCACCCAUGACAGAUUUUUCUGGGUUCUACGAGCUAUUGUGGGUUUCAUUGUUCAUUGUAUGUUGUUUGUUUGUUUGUUUGUGUUCAUGCGUGAAGGUGGGAACGCGUUUACACACCUUUUUCUAGCGCUAUUUCAAGAAAAACCCUAGCGCUCAUUGUUCUUAUUUUUUCUAAUACAAAUACAAAGCAUUCUUGCCAGCUUUUUUCUGUAUGAUACAGAGAACUUCGUGCCGAUGGACUUGCCUGCCUUUGGCAUUCUGCUCAUCCUCGCGCUCGAGGGAGGCAAGUUUGUCCACUGGUCCCAACGAAAUAUGGGCCCCGACCGGCACCUUGGCUGCGGCGCCGCGUCCACCUUCAUGGCGGUGCGUAGAGCCGCGGACACUAUCACCUUCGAGGGCUGCACGCUCAUUCUGUACAGCCUCUUCGUGCUUGUGGUGUACGUGCGUGUGGUGCUGGGGCGGUUCGACGAUGGGGCGGGGCGGGUCGGCGGUGGCACCUCGUCCUUAUCAAAUGCAAAUAUGUCUGGGUCUGGAAAGUUCUGAUGCUAAAAUGUGCAUGAUGAGAGCACUUCCUUAUGCAGGAAGGCAUGACAAGUUUCAGUUUGCAGCACGCUUUCUCAUACGCAAUCAGCACGAGAGGCUGCGACGUAUUUGUAUGAAAAGAGAGGCUGCGACUUUUGCUAGUCAUGUGAGCCAGUAAUUACUGAUACCCCCAUAAUAUAUUGGUAUGCCAGUACACGAAGGGCCCUGCCCCUUCCUGUCCUAGAACAAACGCCACAUACAAAUCGCCAGUGCAUAUAAAAUGGCCACUUUGUCUGGCACCUUCUGGUCCCGCCGGAACCUUCCAGCACUGGCCCGGCCGUCAAGUACGGGGCCCCCAGUAACUACUGGGGGCCCCGUACGCAACUGGUCCUACGAUGCCCCUGCGCCCUCGUUUUAUAUUGCCCUGGUUUUGUCCGACUGCAAUACGUGGCUGCGUAGCCAAAACAAAACAGCCACUCAAUGAAAAACAUUGGAAAAAGAGCUACGCCUCGGUCUUCUCCACUUUCAGGAGACUCUGCAGCAAGAGUGCUAAGGAGCGAGAGAACUCUGCUAGCUACCAAAGCGCGCACACGAAACAAGCUCGGCCCUUGUAUGUUUUCGAAGCGCCGCCUGCAAGCGUGCCCCCGCCGCCUGCUAACAAAAUAUCGAUCCGCAAUAGGUCCUCACCGCGCGCGCGCCGCUAGUUUUUUUGGUUUAGCGCCCCUUUUCUCCGCUUGUGUCGCUCCUUGUGCGCAGUGCGCUCUCCGCAAGCCUCCCUUUGCGCUCUUCUGUUGUUCCGCGGAGCGAUCUUUUCGCGCGCGGUGGAUUGUGGCCUGCUUUGCGUAGCAAUUUGCUGCUCUGCCACGCUCGCCGCCAGCUUUUUACUCGCUUUUCUUGGACCAUACAACUCCGUUGUAUGCGUCCGGCAGUACAUACAAAAACUGCUUUUUUGUAUAGCGGAUUUCGGUGUUCCUCUCUCCUUUCGUAUCACAUGCAAUACAGAUUUCGUAGGAAUGUAAGACCAGCAAUACAAGUUCCAACCUUCCAGACCCAGACAUAUUCGCAAUGCAUAGUCCUCGGUCAGUGACUACGAUUCUCGCUGGGCCUACGACUACGCGACGGAGGUUAUCCUGAGUAAAAACGUCCCCACACCAGAGUUGUCAUGCAGAUCUGCAAGCACAAGAGCGUUUGUAAUGCGCAUCCCCAUGAGAGGCAUUAAUCAUCGUGUUUUGGAACUUGUAAUGCUGUAAACAGCAUAAGGAGAUGGAUUUGUUAUGCGGCUUCCCUUGCUAAACUGCACUACACUACAGCCUGCAAUUUGUCAUGCGUGGUUCCCAAAACUUCAAGGUUUGUGUUGCAAAAUGCCCAUCUUCACUCUGGGAUGGGGACGUUUUUACAAAUGAUAGAGGUAGCGUGGUUCGACCCGAGUUCCGUGUCGCCGCGCGUGCUGCUCGGGGUGGCGUCCUUGUUCGGGUGGGGUCACUUUCUGCACAGCCUUCGCGGCAUGCAGUUUCUCGGACCCUUCGUGAUCAUGAUCAAGCUGAUGCUGAAGAAGGACUUUGCGCGGUUUGGCAUCAUUUACGUGCUAGUGGCGGCGGGAUUCGGGAUCCUGCUGCGGGUGAUGUUCCUGGAUACCAUCCGCCGGGAUCGGCUGUCGUGGGAAACGUCCCACGCGGCCUUUGUGGGUGCGUAUGGCAACCGCACCUUCACAACGCACGAUCUGGACAGAACCAUGGUCACCACGCCCGCGCCCCACUUUUCCGACUUCUCCGCCACCUUUCUGGGGGACUACGGCAAGGUGUACAAGAACGUCCAGAUCAUGUUCCGAGGCUCCUUCGGGGAGAUGGACGACGAGGUAUUUUCGGACGCAGAAAAUUAUCAGACCGAGAAUUGCAAGAACACACUGUCUACAUAGAUAUUUAGCAAGAUGGUAUAGUAAGCCACUCGCGAAAUGAUUUUCCGAUCAAGAGUACCAAAAUUGGUGGCUCUACUCUUUUUUUGCAGCUCAGAUGAAGAGAUGCGUUGUCAUGAACAAAAAUGGGACCACCACCGACGGUCUUGGGCCGCGGUGGAGAAGAUUAAUAUCAAGAGAAUGGCGUGCGAUGUUGUAUGUAUAAAAUACUGGGCCGCGGCUCCGAGGAAAAUGUAAAUGAAAAAUGAAAAUCGGGAUUUAGUGAAGGGAAAUAAACAAGCUCUCAUGCAGCUGUGAUGAAAGAAUUGAAUUACAAUUAUGCGCAAUUAUGUGGUACAACUGGUGUGGGUGUUCGAAGUUUUCUUCCGCAUACAAGCAAUCAGUACAAUUUUUUCUCCCUGCUGGUGUACAACAUGUUUGUCGUGCUCUCCGCGAUCGUGCUCUUCAACCUCCUGAUUGCGAUGAUGGCGGACACCUACCACCGCGUGCGCACCAUGGCGAACGACGAGUACCUGCUGCAGCGAACGAGCUGGAUCCUGGAGGCGGAAAGGAGUACCCUGGCGCGCCUCGGCGUGCUCAACGUGCACAAAAACAGACCACCGCACCAUGUGCGCACGGAAGACAUAGUACUCCCGAACGGAGUCACGCUGGAGAGCUACGCGAUGCAAGUAGAAGUCCACACCAGGGCGGCGGAUCACUAGCAGUUCAUAUAGCACGCAGAUCAUCUGUUAUUUCCUUUUUAUAAUUUCCAAAUUUCAUAAAGUGAAAGUCAACACUUCAGUAAGUAAGUAAGUAGGUGGUCACUCUUUGCACCUGCUCUUGCAUAUCUAUGUAGUGGCAGCCUGCUGCACUAGUAAAUCUUAAUGUUGGUCAGUAUGAUUUUCACUUCUAUCACUGUUCGUAUUGACCACAUGCUUCAGAACAAUCAGUCGCCCCCCCAAUAGCAACACUCGACAUUUUCUACGUAAUUG